GUUGUCACCUUAAAAACGAUCAAAAUGUUGUUUCCCGGUGCUCUGAUGUUUAUUUCGUAUGCUGCAAGUCUCCUGACAAUCGGACUCUGUCUCGUCUUAAAAGUUCCGCAGAUUAUUAACCUGUACCAAGUGAAGAACGCAAAUGCUAUGAGCAUUAAGAGCCUAGUUUUGGAGCUGACUAGUUAUACUACCAUGACAUGCUACAACUAUGUGAAUGGAUAUUCCUUGCUUACUUACCUCGAGUACCCCAUAAUACUUGUGCAAGAACUGGUCCUCAUCUAUUUAGUUCUCCUGUAUCGUCGUCUCAUCAACCAACGUACCUUUAUGUGGACCAUGUUGUACUUUUUUGUGGCAUUUCUGUUCAUGUCUAAAAUUGUUCCUGCAUUUCUUCUCAACAUAUUAGCACCGCUCUGCACCCCCAUAUCUGCAUCAAGUAAAGUAAUUCAGUUAAUGGCUAUAGUCCGCUCUGGUACAUCAAGAGGAAUAAGUGCUACCACAUGGUUCAUUUCCGCAUUCACAAAUUUAUCCCGAGCAUUCACCAUUUACUUGGAUUCUGCUGAUGCCAUACUGCUGUGUAACUUUGGAGUGUCAACCCUGCUCAGUGCAGCUGUUAUGUCUGCAACAAUUACAUUUUCCCCUGGGAGUCCAGCUUUGAAAAAAUUCCCACCACCUGGUUAUGGACCUACUUAUGUAGCAUAUACUAGUCAACUGACAUCAAAAAACAUUGAUGAAGAUGAAAAGAAAGAUUAAGCUAAUUUACUUUCAGUGUGCACCACACCACACUAAAGUUGAGGAAAGUUCAGGUAUUGGACAAAUUUUCCAUUUCUGUUAGAUAACAUGUACAAAUGUAUUGCGGAGUAAUUUUUGAAGAACAAAUAUUAGGUCUUACCUGCUUGCUAACAAAGCAUACUUGAUCGUGGUAAAGAAGGUCUUCUUUACUUCUUACUAGUCAAAUGGAGGUAGUCACUAUUUUCCUUUACUAUAGACACUUACUGAAAUGCAUUCCCUUUAAUUGAUUGCAUUGCAGACUUAAAUAGUGCUGUUGUUAUUAGCAGGUGCCUCUUUUAGUGUUUUUAAUGACAGGAACGCAAUGAUUUCACUAACGAAUGAUAAAAACUAUUCAGUGUAUGUGCCAAAGUUGCAUGGAAGGAGGCCUCUUUUUGUAUUACAAGCAAGUCAAGGGUACUUAAGGAAGAAAGUAGUAGUAGAACUACUGUGUUCAGUGCCUUUUUACUAGUUCUUUACCAUUAUCUUGUUCCCUUCACACGUCAGACGUCGGUAGAAAAAACGAGUAGUGGUCCCAGUGAGGUAAAAUUUAGUUACCGUCUGAAAUCUCAAUUAUCUGCAAAAGCAACUUGGAUGGUUGGUUAUUGGUUUAUUAGAAAGCCCAUACCAGUAAACACUUUCCAUUAUUGCAAUUUCUUUUUGUGUCUGAAAAUGAGUUUUUGAGGUAAAGCUUGACUAGCGAGUGUUGUUAGUCGGCUCACACUGUCAUCUUCUUGAAGUGCAGCAUGGUCUUUUCUUUCAAGGUUACAUUUUAGGUAGAUAUUAUAUCAUCCAGAAAGCACGUCUGCCAUUUGUCGUUACGAACCUGCCAUGUUCAGCCUAUGCGCACUCUGAAAGCGCAUGAUAGGCAGGCAGCCUCAUGCCUACAGUGCAUGCGUGUACUUCGGGGUGGCCUACCCUGAGUCUCGCAGGCGACGAGCUCUAUUAUUUGCCGAAUGAAUCUGAGAAAAAAACGGACGUAGUUUCCGGACGAUCCCUGUUUCAUGAAAAGAUGACUUUAUGUUCCUGGGGUGCCUGGAGGAAUGACAACAGUUCAGGCGGAAAACUUGCUUAUUUUCGAGUUAGAACUAGUUGUUUCUAUGAUAUGAAGGUUUUCAAAAGCAACAUUCAUGGUUAAAAUAUGAAGGAGUUAUUGGAGGGAUUAAUUAUUGUUUGGAAACCUUAUAUCGUAAUGAACAUAUCAGAAGAACUGUUGUGAGCAGAGUGAGAUGAAAGUAACUAACUUACCAUACCAAACAAAUUGACCUAAUGAUAACACAAAGAUGAUUGUAAAGAACAAGUUUAUGUUUCACACCAAGUAAAUUUGGUGUCUUUGCUACUUGUUUAUCUUGUACAAUACAUAUUGUAAAAUAAGAACAAAGAUUGUAGGCAUUUUACUUUUACAAACAAAAAAAGAUUUUGUGUAAUUUUUGUUUCUUUCUUAUUCUAGACAUUCUUUGGAGAUAUUUAUAAUUUAUGUUACUGGUACCUGUUGUAUUAUCCCGUGAGUGUCAUCUAGUCAGCUUCUUCCAUAUCCUGACUGGCCUUUGCAUUUCUUCUUCUUUCUGUUAUUUUGGUAUUAGUAGAAAAAUAGAGUGAGGAGGGUGAGGGAACUUUUGCCCUCUGGUAGGGACAGUCUUUAGGGGACUGUCUAAAAAGACUCUAAAUAAUACCUUGAGAAGUUAAUCACAAUUUUUAAUUUUUCUCCCUCGUUGUGAUGUAAUGAACUCAUUUGUAAAUUAUAAUUAACCUGCAAA